GAUGGUACAGAAGAUGUUCACGAGCUCACAAAAGGCAACAGAAACUUUAAUCCUCUGAUACUGUUCAUACCUGCAAUGUGUGAUAUGACUGCAACAUCUAUAAUGUAUAUCGGGUUGAAUCUAACUUACGCUUCAAGCUUUCAAAUGUUCAGAGGUUCGGUCAUAGUUUUUGUUGGACUAUUGAGCACAGGAUUUUUAGACAGAAUACUGAAAAAACGAGAAUGGACUGGAAUAUUUUUUGUUAUUGUUGGACUUGCAAUAGUAGGAGUUGCUGAUUUCAUUUCAAAAGACAGCAAUGCUGACAGUCGAGGAAGAAACGAUAUCAUUACUGGUGAUAUGUUGAUUGUUAUUGCUCAGAUAAUUCAAUCGAUUCAGAUGGUCGUUGAGGAGAAAUUUGUUUCUGGACAAGACAUCCCACCAUUGCAAGCAGUUGGGUGGGAAGGAUUAUUUGGAUUUGUUGUUCUCGGUUUACUACAAAUUCCAUUUUAUUUUAUUCGCGCCGGACCUCCUGUAACUCAAAAUGUUGGUGACCGCUUAGAGGAUGCUAUUGAUGCUUUUGUACAAAUUGGACACAGUUGGCAACUCACAGUGGCAGUAUUAGGAACCAUCACGUCAAUUGCAUUUUUCAAUUUUGCUGGAAUAAGCGUUACCAAAGAGUUAUCUGCCACUACUAGAAUGGUACUUGACAGCGUGAGAACAAUAGUAAUAUGGAUAUUCAGCCUUGCAUUUUUAGGACAAAAGUUCCAUUGGCUCCAGCUUCUCGGGUUUGCUCUACUAUUAAUUGGAAUGUGCGUUUAUAAUGGAAUAACUUUUGCGACAACCUUCAUCAAAAUAAGGGCAUUCAUGAAUAGAAGAUACAACAGGAUGGAGGAAGAAGUGAUAGAAAAUAGAAAUGCAGGUGACCCUGAGUCCUAAUGUUUUCUGAUCUGAGUUGUAUAUACACAGGUUACUAUACUGAAAUAUAUAUUGAUAAAACUAAGACUUAUCGACUGUGAAUAGAGAAAACAUUCGAAUUUUCUGUUAUUGUUUAAUAGUUGAUGAUAUUUUUACUAUUGUGAUGUAUUAUUAGACAUAAUUAUGGUCAAAAUAAUAAAUGAGUUGAAUACGAAAAA